ACCAAUAAACCCCCUUAAUCCUUAUAUUCAUAAUUUUACCCCCAGAUACUGCAUCUUCUUUGUUUUUUCAAGUCCAAAAUCAAUUCCAAAUACUUAACCACAAAGAAAUACUGCAGUUGACAAGACCGGGAUCAGUGGUGCAUCUCUUUUUUCCAGCUUGUCUAAGAUUGCACCUCACCUCAUGCUAUUCAAGUUCUGGCACAUACAGGAAGAACACAGUAGUUUCUGAAGAAAUGCUCUUUUUCUCUUGAAGGUUGGUGUUAUCGUGAAGAAAGCAAUGGCUUAUACACUUGUCCCGAAACUGCACAUACAGAGCUCAAGCUCCAGCCAAAUAGACCUCCAAACCGGAAGCAGUAAAUCGUUGCUAAUAAAAACUCCAGCAGUUCUGUUAAGACAUUCAUUCAGGGGUAACUUUAGUAGUCAAUCUUUUUGUCAAUGCCACGGAGUUCUUGGUUCAGGAAAAACUGGUUCGAUUUUACCCUGUAACAAGCAGGGAAGUGUCUUCCUUGAUAGAGUUAAAGAGAGUACUAAUGGGAGCUUAAAUAGAGAUGUUGAGAAGAGUUCAAAUGAGCAACAGUUAAAGAAACUUUCUAGUUCCUCAAGGUUGACUUUAGAUGGACCAUUGGUUGAAAAUGAUGAGAUAACUAACAACAAAGUCCUUAGAAGUUUUUGCAGUCACGGAAAAUUGCUUGAAGCUUCGAAAUUAGUUGACCUGAUGACUCGUCGAAACCAAAUUCCAGAUUAUCCUUCCUGCAUAAACUUGAUUAGGGGCCUCGUUAAUUUGGGACAGACAGGAAAAGCAGCAAAUGUUCUACAAGUCAUGGUUAUGUCUGGUGGGACUCCAGAUAUCAUCACAUAUAAUAUGUUAAUCAGUGGUCUCUGUAGAAAAGGGCUUUUAUACUCUGCCAUUGAUUUUUUGGACUACAUGAGCUUGAGUGGUUGCCUUCCCGAUGUUAUCACUUAUAAUACUAUACUGCGUGCGAUGUUUGACCGUAGUAAAUAUGAUCAAGGAAUUCAGUUUUGGAAGGAUCGAUUAAGAAAAGGAUGUCCUCCUUAUGUGAUCACCAGUACAAUUCUCGUUGAAUUAGUCUGCAAACAUUGUGGUGUUAUACGUGCCAUUGAGGUAAUGGAGGACUUGGCAGUUGAGGGAUGUUCUCCAGAUCUCGUGACCUAUAAUUCCAUGGUAAAUUUUGCUUGUAAGCAAGGGAACUUUGAAGAUUCAGCUUUACUAAUCUAUAAUCUCCUAUCGCAUGGCCUUGAGCCUAAUGCUGUGACUUACAAUACUUUUCUCCAUUCCUUUUCUACCUAUGGAUGUUGGGACGGAGUAGAUGGGAUGCUUUCCGUCAUGAAUGAAACUUCACAUCCUCCUAGUGUUGUCACUUACAAUAUUUUAAUCAAUGGUUUGUGCAAGCACGGGCUUUUGGAUCGUGCAAUCGACUUUUUUACUCAGAUGGUCUUGGAAAACUGUUCACCUGACAUAAUCACCUAUAAUACACUUUUACGUGCUCUUUGUAAUGAGGCAAUGGUGGACGAGGCAGUCCAAGUUGUUCAUUGUUUAAGUGAUAGCAGUUGUUCGGAAUCUCCUAGUAUAAUCACUUACAACAUAGUUAUUGAUGGCCUUGCAAAGCAGGGCUUUAUGGAGAAAGCUAUGGAAUUAUACCAUCAAAUGGAAAAGCAUGGGACAAGUCCUGAUGAUGUUACAUAUAGAUGUUUAAUUUGGGGAUUCUGUCGAGCUGAUCUUAUUGAAGAAGCUGUGGAUUUACUAAAAGAGAUGGGUAACAGCAGAAGUAGGGUCAGAGAUAAUUGUUACAAGUUUAUUAUUCACAGGUUAUGUCAAAACAGCAAACUCGACUCUGCAAAACAAGUUCUGAAAAUGAUGAUAUCAAGUUGCCACAAGCUUAAGUCAACCGUGUAUUCAAAUAUAAUUGCAGGUAUAGCUGGCGCAGGUAUGAAUGAAGAAGCUAUGGAAUUGCGGGAAAAGUUGAGGGAAUGGAAAAUUCUGAAGGAAUAGACUUUUUUUCCAAUUCCAGUUAGACAGUAUCCUUAACUCAGUUAUUGUAAUUGGAGGGAUAGCUGGUGCAGAUAUGAACAAAGCAGUAACAGCAACACGGAAAAAGUUGAGGGAAUGAAAAGCUUGAGGAAUAGAGAUUUUCAGAUUGAACAGAGAGUAUCCUUAACGCAGGCCGUUAAAUCAUUGGACAUAUCACCUCAGCGCAAAUGGAAAUUUACUCCUUUAUUAGGUUUCUUUCCAUGUCCAUUGUCUGUUCUAUAUUGUGCUUGGUAAAAGUUUUGACCGUCGUACCUUCUUCACAAAGUUUUGGCUAGCAUCUGUAUUCUAAUUCAUAUGAAGACUUUUUAGUUGCAACAUUGUUCCUGACUCUACUGAAAAAGAUGUAGCUGUGGUUCAGUGCAUAUAAGGCAGAUUUUAUCAUGUGCCAUGAAUAUAUCCAGGUGUCCAUGGGUUUUAGUCCAUUGCCCUUGUGAAAUUUCCCAAUAA